GUUCAGUAGGCUUUUAGAGGCCGAUUCGCUCUGUUGUUGCUGUACAGUGCAGAUUCGAUCAGCUGGUUUAUAUUGCUCAGUGUUUACCUUCUAUACAGAAAAACUGAAAAAUUUCAUUCUAUACUAAAUUUCUCCUAUUUUUGUCGAUUCUAAAUGGAAGUGAAAUCCACAGCUAGUAAAUUCCAAGAUGCAAACCUUUUCGAGGGGAGCCAUGGAAAUUUUAAUAAAAAGAAAUUAUACAAGAGAGGAGCCAGACAAAGAGUUUUUGUCAAUAGAAGUUUGUAUUUGGAUAAGAUAAAAUUUUUUGGAUUUGAUAUGGAUUACACUCUGGCAGUCUAUAAAUCACCCCAGUACGAAGCACUUGGCUUCCGGCUGGUUGUUGAGCGUUUGAUUGAUAUAGGGUACCCGAAUGCAAUCAGUGAAUUUAGUUACGAUCCCACAUUUCCAAUUAGAGGUCUGUGGUUCGAUACAAGAUACGGAAGUCUUCUCAAGGUCGAUUCGUACGGAAACAUCUUAGUCUGCGUUAUUGGAUUCAAAUUCUUGAAAAGUCAUGAAAUCCGUUCGCUGUAUCCGAACAAGUUUAUUCAGCCUAAUGAAAGUCGUAUCUUCAUUCUGAAUACACUCUUCAAUCUUCCUGAAACUUACUUACUAGCUUGCUUGGUUGACUACUUCUGUAAUUCAGACGGAUACGUAAGAGACACAACUGGAGUACGAUGUGGCGAGAUGUUGAUUUCAUACAAAUCAAUUUUUGAAGACGUUCGAGGGGCGGUUGACUGGGUGCACAUAAAAGGUGCUUUGAAACGUGAAACAGUUGAUCACUUAGAAGAAUACGUACAUAAAGAUGAACGAUUACCAGUCCUAUUGAAAAGGAUCCAAGAUCAAGGCUACAAGGCUUUCCUCUUGACUAAUUCUGAUUACAUUUACACAAAUAAAAUUAUGUCAUAUCUUCUGGAUGAUCCUACUGCAACGACAAAGAAGAAAUGGACUGAUUACUUUGAUUACAUUGUCGUUGACGCUAAAAAGCCACUAUUCUUUGGAGAAGGAACAGUUUUAAGACAGAUAGAAACGGACACUGGGCGUUUAAGUUUGGGAGUUCAUACAGGUGAGAUGGAACCUGGAAGGAUUUAUUCUGGAGGAUCUUGUGAUGUAUUUUCAAAGAUGAUUGGUGCAAAGGGAAAAGAUGUAUUAUACAUUGGUGAUCAUAUUUUUGGUGACAUACUGAAAUCUAAAAAAAUUCGAGGUUGGAGGACUUUUCUCGUUGUACCUGAAUUGGGACCGGAACUGCACGUUUGGACAGCAAAGAAGGAAUUAUAUAAUAGAAUUCAGAAUUUAGAUACGCAUCUUGCUGAUUUAUAUAAAAAUUUGGACAGUGCAACGAACGAGAAACCAGAUAUUAGGAAAAUCCAGAGUUCAAUAAGAGUAAGGACUUUCGUAAGUUGCCAGGUUUUUUUUGUUAACCUCUGCUAUGUCAACCAGGAAGUAGCAUUAGAAAUGGAUUUGGCAUAUGGUUUACUUGGUAGUUUAUUCCGAAGCGGAUCAAGACAGACAUUCUUUGCAAGUCAAGUUAUAAGAUACGCGGAUUUGUACGCUUCAACCUUCCUUAAUCUUUUACACUACCCAUUUUCUUACUUCUUUAAAGCUGCUCCAAUGCUGAUGCCCCAUGAAUCUACAGUUGAUCAUGAAGAUUAUAUGAGUUUGUCUGAUGAAGAACUUGAAACUACACAAAUUUGUCCCCGUUCGAGGUCUGUUUCUGAAGCUAUAAUUCAGUCUCUGCCACACGAAAGACCCCUUCCAACAACUGAUGAAACAGAAGAUAUUCCAUCUGAUAGUUCGCAAAAUACGAACGUAUUCAUUAGGCUAGAAAGCCUUAAUUUACCCCAUACAAGAGCUGAGACACCAAGGAAGCUAACCCACCAUCACGACGAGGACGACAGCGACGAAAGCAGCACCGGUUCUGACGGAGCAAGAAGUGGCAGUCGCUCAAAUUCUCCCAAUUGA